AUGGUAUAUAAACGUUGUAAUAUUAUUAACAAAUCAUUACACACACAACACACAAACAUGUCUUCCCUAACAUUCUUUUUACUCUGCAUCCAAGCGUGUCUUAUUCAGAACGCUUUGAGCACUCUCAUCGGUCCGGCUUUAUAUGGCAAUGGAUUCGGUCUUGGUAACUCAUGCGGAGCUGGACUUACCGCAGCAUCAGCUGAAUUAGCGGGUUGGUACGGCGGCGACUCACCAGCCUCCUACAACUACGGCCCAAGAGCAAUUGAGAGGGAAAUGGCGGCUGAAUACGCCUAUGCUGCCGAGAGAACCGCUGAAUACGAAAUGGCUCGUAGCCCGGCCAUGUGGAACGCUCCUUUCGCACCAGCUCCAUUUGCCCCAGCUCCAUUUGCUCCUGCUCCAUUUGCCCCAGCUCCAUUUGCUCCUGCUCCGUUUGCCCCCGCUCCUUACGCCCCAGCUAUAGAACCAGCGGCGUAUGGCGGUGAAGGUGUCGGUGACGUAGCAGUCGCUGGAGAGAUGCCAGUCGCUGGUACCACGAUGGUAGCCGGUCAGGUCCCAAUCCUCGGAGCUGUGCGAUUCGCUGGUGACCUGCCAGCUGGUGGUGUGGUUACCAUUGCAGGUAGCUGCGGUUGCGGUAACCGUUACAUCUAA